GCAUUCAGCCCAGGGCAGCAUUUAAUAUCUUGAGUGUGUUGCAUACGAGAUUUCAUGAACCAGAGGGCAAAGUCAGCAUGAAAAUGAUAACUGAAGCCAAGCCGUAAACCACUGAUACACUCUCUGAUCUUGUCCAAAGGGCAAGCAGAAUGCAGUGGUGCAGUAAUAACAAAGUGUGCUGCUAUUACUGCUGAAAGAGUGUCCAGACACAGUCAUGGCAGAGAAUGAAGAAUGGGGAAAGCCUGCGUUGAGGAGAGGGAGAUUAACUGUGGUCCUGGUGUUGGCAACGCUCAUAUAUGCAUUUGGUUCAUCAUUCCAGUAUGGUUACAAUGUGGCUGUGAUCAACUCUCCAUCACCGUUCAUGCAGCAGUUCUAUAACACCACCUACAUGGAGCGUUAUGGCAGUCCGAUGGAGGAGAACCUCCUUACUCUGCUGUGGUCUCUUUCUGUGUCCAUGUACCCACUAGGAGGCUUCUUUGGCUCUCUAAUGGUGGCCCCUCUGGUCAACAAAUUAGGGAGGAAGGGCACCCUACUCUUCAAUAACAUCUUCUCAAUUGUCCCAGCUGUGAUGAUGGGAGUCAGCAAGAUUGCCAAGACCUAUGAGAUCAUCAUUGUGGCAAGGUUUAUAGUGGGCAUCUGUGCAGGUCUCUCGUCCAACGUGGUGCCAAUGUAUCUGGGAGAACUGUCACCCAAAAACCUAAGGGGAGCCCUUGGCAUCAUACCACAGCUCUUCAUCACCAUCGGCAUCCUCAGUGCACAGGUGCUGGGCAUCAGAAACUUACUGGGCAACAGCACGGGUUGGACCCUCAUGCUGGGUUUGACUGGUAUCCCUGCCAUGAUAGAGCUCCUGUUGCUGCCCUUUUUCCCAGAGAGCCCCAGGUACAUGCUCAUCCAGAGAGGAGAUGAAAAGACAGCAAAGAAAGCGCUACAGCGUCUGCGUGGCAGUAACGACGUGGAUGAAGAGCUGUCAGAGAUGCGUCUGGAGGACCAGUCAGAGAGGGCCGAUGGCCGCCUGUCUGUGCUCAGCCUGUUGUCCCAGCGCUCCCUUCGCUGGCAGCUGGUCACCAUCAUUGCCAUGAACAUGGGUCAGCAGCUGUCGGGGGUCAACGCUAUCUACUACUAUGCAGAUAGCAUUUAUGCCACUGCAGGAGUCAAGCAGAGUGACAUCCAGUACGUUACUGUGGGAACAGGUGCAGUGAAUGUCUUCAUGACCAUGGCUGCUGUCUUCAUUGUGGAAGCCUCGGGACGACGGAUUCUCCUGCUCUGUGGCUUUGGGAUCUGCUGUGGAGCCUGUGUGCUGCUCACUGUGGCUCUCACCUUCCAGGAGAGCGUGACGUGGAUGCCCUACAUCAGCAUCUCCUGUGUCAUCAUCUACGUCAUAGGACACGCCAUAGGACCCAGUCCUAUUCCUUAUGUGGUCACCACCGAGAUGUUCAGGCAGUCGGCCAGGCCCGCUGCUUUCAUGGUAGCAGGCUCCGUCCAUUGGCUCUCCAACUUCACUGUUGGCCUCAUCUUCCCCUUCCUAGAGAGAGGUCUGGGCUCCUACAGCUUUAUAAUUUUUUCCUUCAUCUGUCUGGUCACGCUGAUCUACAUCUGGCUGGUCGUCCCUGAGACCAAGAACAAGACGUUCCUGGAGAUCUGCCAGAUAUUCGCCAAGAGGAACAAUGUGGAGAUCAAACUGGGUGAUGGUGAUCUGCCACUGAAAGAGAGCAAAGAAAGCCUGGAGGAUGCAGUGAGGGUCACAGCCUUUUGAAGACAAAUGUGAGCAUUCAGAGGAGAGGAAGUCUUCACUCUGGGGAGGAUUGUAAUGUACUGGGAAUGUCUUGAUUUAGCCUGUAUCUUCUAUUUUCUAUUUUCCAAGGAACCUCUACAGAUCUCUUUGUAUAUAGUUUGUUUGUGGCUACUAAGAUCUUUGUGCGUUUCAAUUCCAGCUAAAAAUACAGUGAAACUUGAUAUGUUGCAAACUUGCACUGCAACGCCACCUUAUAGAGGUUGGAAUUUGUGCAUGAAUCAUUAAACAAACCAACAAGUCACUUAUAAGCCUUUAUUGAUGAUGCAAAGGUAUGAAAACAAUUCAGGGCUGAAGAUAUAAGAUACAGUUUGCAUUCAAAAUUGAAUUUCAGGAGCCUGAAAGACAUUUUCUCCUUAAUUCCACGUGUCAGACACAUUUUAACCACCCACCAUCACAACAGAUAUUUUGGUUUAAAGCAGCAUUUUAAAGCACAUGUGAACAGAAGCUGCUGAGCCUCUUCAAGAGCAUCUGUACUGACUGUCCAGCUGCAUCCCUCCAUAAAGACUGAGUGGGGUAGUUCCCCAGCUGAACACAUUUCCCACCACGGUGCUGUUUGUCUGACAUGACAUCUGGUCCCGGAUAUCUGCUGUGGUCAGCACAUAGUCCCAAAUGUUGACAUCAGUCAUCUUACCCACAAAGGCGUCUGCGUUGGAGAUGCCCAGUAAUCCAUCCUGGUCUUUGCCCAGGAUGAACACACCGCCUGGGCUAAUUGUGUAACCACUUUUCAGGUACCGCUGCUCCCCAACCAUGCCAUUGAUCCACAGCUCUGCGCCUCCAGUGUGGGACCUCCAGGUGAUGCAGAAGUUGGCCCAGUCAUGCGACUUGAAGUUGUACGGCAGGUUGACAAACUCGUUGCCAAUCCAGAGGCCCACCUCUCUCGCAUCUCUGUCUUCGCUGAUGGAGAUCAUCAUCUCAUUGUCGUUGCCGUUACUGGCGUAGGAGAUGACGGUAUGGAUCCCCUCGAGCUGAGGCAAGACAUGCAUGCAGACUGUGAAAGAGUCCAACUCCAUGGGAUGGCUGAGGCGGGCCAAAGCAUAACUUCCAGAAUUCUUCUCCGGGAAGACGAGCACCAAAGGAAACAGACCAUGAGGCUCUGAGCAAAACAGAAGAACUAGAAUUAGACUGGAAUGUACUUUUAAUCAUUCACAGUCACAAAUACCAGUUAAAUCUCCCAUUCAAUCAGUAGGAAAUCAAGGACUCACCAUGUCUAUGAGCCCCUGAGUUGCGAAAUCCACCUUAAGGGAAUAAGUAAGAAAGAAGAGUAAAUAUGGGCAUUUUCAUUUCGCAUCCAGCCAUCUUCAGCAGUUUUUACAACUUACCUGAAGUGAUAUGCUUUCCAAGAUACGUUAUUAGACCCUCGAUCUUCUGGAGCUUGGAUUCAAUCUCAUCUUGCCGACAAAAUGCUGAAAAAACAAACAGAGAAUGAAAAUGAUGAGGAUUAGACUCAGGCCUCGGUUGCCCGAUGUCAGUUCUGAAGAAUAAAUGACAUUGCUCUAUUGUGUAAUCACAACAUACUUCCUUUCCCUAAGCGUGGCAGGAAAGAUGACUCUACCACUCGGCUGUUGAGAGGCUGAGCAAUACGGUAAUCAUUCCACAGGGUCUUGUUGUCCCUGUCCAUCAGAGUACUCUCCAGUUUCCUAAUCUGAACACAACAGAGAAGAAAAGAAAGAUAUGCCAUUGCACCAAAUAAUAUUUCAAAUGAGCCAAUAUUCUUCUCAUGGUGACAGUUUGGUUCCACAUAUGACAGAAUAGUUGAAAGUUUUAUUGAUUUUUAUCAGCUGUAAUACAACACUCUUUUGCUUCCUCGUGUCCACUGUACCUGGUUAUGUGAGAGAGUGAUGGGAGUAUCAAACACAGUCCAGAGGAUGCUCUCGUAGCAGGGUGGUGUGGUGAGGGAGCCUUGGUAUCUGAAAAAGUGGUUGAGGUUCUCAGGGAGCAUAGAGCGCACAUCAAUGCUCGAUAUGUUCAUGCUCUGACCUGUCGGGAUCACAUCAAAAUCACAUUAGACUCAAACACUAAGGGUGGUCAGUUAAUUUGUGUUUGCAUUAAGUACCUGCAUAUUUGAUUUUGGCCAGGUUGGAGAUGAAAUCACUGUAGUAUGUGUUCUCAAAAUGCCCGUCCUGAAAGUAAACCAAAGGUGAAGCUUAAAUGUUCAGUGAAAAUAGAAAACACUAUGUGUGAGCACUUACAGAGGCAUAGUCAGGGGGACUUGAUUAUUUUGUUUUUUUAUAACUUGAGCCUUGUUGUUUUCUGGGGUUAGGACAUUGUAUCUAUAUAUUAUGAUAAUAUUCACAGAAGUAAUCUUUAAAAUGUGGGAACACAGCA